CUGGCCUACAGCUGGCCCUACAGCUGGGCGGCGUCCCCAAGCGGGCGGCGAGGUGGCUAGGCAUCUGUCCCUGAGGGUGGGGGGCGGCUCUGGCGUCUACCCAGAGUCCGCUCCGCCCGCUAGCUGCUUGAUCUUGGGGUGCAGAGCCAGGCGGGGCCGGGCGGGGACAGCGGCGAUCAAAGGCACGUGGGACCCUGAGAGGCUGGGCAUGGAACUCGGGCCCCGGGAAGCUCUGCGAGGGCAUCUGGAGGGGACCAGAGCUGCAAGGAGGUGAGGAGAGACGCCUAGAGGGCACCGGCCACCCCAAGAAGUCUGGGGACGCAGCCGAUCGGACUGGCGCGGGGACUGACUCAGCGCUGGGCAGGGACACAGCUCUGAGCCCAGCCACCGCACAAAACUGGAUGGUGUGAACUGGCUGCUGUGCGCAGUUGAACUUUGUCUCCUCUAGAGCGUGGAUCUUGGGCAAUGGCAGCAGGCCUGGGCCCCUGGAAUGGCACCAUCAAUAGCACUUGGAAUGGAGAUGAGCCCGGCUACAAGUGUCGUUUCAACGAGGACUUCAAGUAUGUGCUGCUGCCUGUGUCCUAUGGAGUCGUGUGUGUGCUGGGGCUGUGCCUGAACGUCGUGGCACUCUACAUCUUCUUGUGCCGCCUCAAGACCUGGAACGCCUCCACCACGUACAUGUUCCACCUGGCGGUGUCUGACUCUCUGUACGCAGCCUCCCUGCCACUGCUGGUUUAUUACUACGCCAAGGGUGACCACUGGCCUUUCAGCACGGUGCUCUGCAAGUUGGUGCGAUUCCUCUUCUACACCAACCUCUACUGCAGCAUCCUCUUCCUCACCUGCAUCAGCGUGCACCGGUGCCUGGGCGUCCUGCGCCCUCUGCACUCCCUGCGUUGGGGCCGGGCCCGCUAUGCCCGCCGAGUGGCUGCAGUCGUGUGGGUGCUAGUGCUGGCCUGCCAGGCACCCGUGCUCUACUUCGUCACCACUAGUGUGCGGGACACCCGCAUCACCUGCCACGACACCUCGGCCCGAGAGCUCUUCAAUCACUUUGUGGCCUACAGCUCUGUCAUGCUGGGCCUGCUCUUCGCAGUACCCUUCUCCAUCAUCCUCGUCUGUUACGUACUUAUGGCCCGGCGGCUUCUGAAGCCGGCUUAUGGGACCUCAGGAGGCCUGCCUCGGGCCAAGCGCAAGUCAGUGCGCACCAUUGCCGUGGUACUGGCUGUCUUUGCCCUCUGCUUCCUGCCUUUCCAUGUCACCCGCACCCUCUACUACUCGUUCCGCUCGUUGGACCUCAGCUGUCACACCCUCGAUGCUAUCAACAUGGCAUACAAGAUCACCCGGCCACUGGCCAGCGCCAACAGUUGCCUUGACCCUGUGCUCUACUUCCUGGCAGGGCAGAGGCUCGUUCGCUUUGCCCGAGAUCCCAAGCCACCCACAGAGCCCUCCCCGACCACCCCCAGCCCCCAAGCUCGGCGCAGGCUGGGCCUGCACAGGUCCAACAGAACAGACACCAUAAGGAAAAAUGUGUCAAUAAGUAGUGAUGACUCUAAGCAUGAUGACUCUAAGCGGACAGAGUCCACACCGGCUGGGAAUGAGACUAAGGACAUCCGGCUAUAGGUCAGCACCCCUCAGGCCUGUGCUAGCUCAUGGUGGGGAGCUGUAGGGGACCAAGGCCUAUUCACAUGGGAUGAUAUCCUCAGAUACGGACCAUCGGCGAUUCUCAUUUGGCAGGGCCUCAGGAAACUCACACUGUGGUCCCGGAGAGUCACUAAGCUGCAAAGUCUCCAGUCAUCAUCUGUAUGUGUGAGUUGGAGAAUCAUGGUUCAAGAAAGACAAGCAUUCAGGGCCAAUGCCACCUGACUCCCAUGCAGACAGCUGGCCGUUUCUGCCAAGUUACCUAGCUGCAAUCCAGCCUCCCACAUCUUAUGGAGAGAGGAAGAUGACCUGCCAAGGUCACACAGCAGAAUAUGAGCUCGCUAGCUGGAUUGGAGAUGCGGUCACAGCAUGACUAGAUGACUCUUGUAAGUAGUCAGGGCUGAUUCCCAACAGUGGCCUGGGGUGGGAGUGGGUACCACAGUGUACUCAGCUCAGAGAAGGACUCUCAGGCCAGAGAUGAACAUCUGAGGACUGAUGUCAGACCCAUCUGAAGACUGCCCUGUGCUGGGAGCCAGGCUGAAGCUGUAACAUGUUGAAGGUUGUGUCACUGGUUGGGCUGUGCUCUGCUACAUGAUCAGAGGAUGGGAAAUGGCCUGGGAAACUUUCAACAUCCACAUGAGGGUUCCAUCAGCCUGUUGUCUUCUGCCACCUGCCUUCCCACUACUAUCUCUGGGGAGUCUCAGUCAGGGACCCCUCUCCAGACCCCAGGUCACCCCACUUCAAAGCCAGUUGGCUUUGUAUUGUGCCGAGCAUGGAGAGGAGUCAGAUGGGGUUCUAGUCCUUGGGGUUCCCCAGUUCAGGUGAUAAUAUCACAUGUGCUGGUAAAUGUCAAACCAUUUAACAGGAUUGGGGGAAGGGAACCCUUUAUUUAUAGCAUUGUCAAUUAUUUUGGUACAAAUAACCCCACCAUGGUCAAUCCAAUUUUACAUUACCAAUGCAAUGUCAAUGCCUUUGCUAAAUUCCUGACAAUCUUUUUUUUUUUUUAAUCUGAUGAGACAAGGUUUCACAUAGCUCAAGAUGGCCUCAAAUUUGCCAUGUAAUUGAAGCUGACCUUGAACUCUUGAGACUCCUGCCUUCCUCUCCCAAGUGCCAUCACACUGGCGAACAGCUGGUUCUUGCAAGCAGGGGCAGGGUGCUCCAGCACAGAUCUUGCUGAGUGGACGGGGUUGUGGGACCCUUGGUUGGGGAGGGGGCUUCCUGGAGUGGGGACUGGUAGAAAAACAGAUCAGAACAUCCAGGUGCAAGACAUAUCCUAAGCAAAGAUAUGACCAUGACCUUUUCCCUUUGCACUAGGAGGAAGUAUGGCAGAGACUCACUCCUCUUCCCAUCCACGUGUCAGGCCCAGCCAGGACCACUCAGAAUGGAUCUGUGGAACUCAGCUGGGCCAUCUCUGGGUGCUAAUCAGGGAUAGGCAAAGGUGACAGGGACUCAGCCUAGCCCUGUGGGUCCCUCUCCCUAUCCCACCUAGUUUGCCUCCUGUAUCAUCUCUGCUCUUUCCUCUUUGCCAUCGAAGGCAAGACAUCCCCAGUUGUUCUCUUAGUGUGGGUUUUUUUUUUUUUUUCAAUUGUUUUGAGAUAAGGGAUGAGAUCUUACUAUGUUGCCCAGGUUGGCUUCUAAUUCCUAGGUUCAAAGGAUUCUACCUCAUCCUCCUAAGUAGCUGGACUACAAGCACAGUUGCUGUAUUUAGAACCUAGCUCCAGAGCUCCCUCAAGUGACAAGGAGCCAUCAUAAGCCAUGACCCAAAUGGUGACUCUACAUUGUGUGAUUCAGAGUGGUCUGCCCAGAAUAGUGUAAGAUGCUCACCUCCCAUAUUCUAAGUUCUAUAUUUCUGUCAAUGUUACUGGAGUCUUUCUGGUCUUUGUUGGUGACUUCCACUUACAGACUCUCCUGGGACUUUCUUGAAGGUCUGUGACUGUCUCUUUCCUAACAGCUGCUAUGACUGAAUCCCAUCCCAGGUUAUUGUCAUCUCCUCCUACAGAGAAGCUCUGAGUUCUGUGCUGAGAUCUGGAGGAAGAAUCCUCAUCAUGACUUGGGGGAGGAGGGGUGUUUAAUGUUCAUCUGUAGUUGGGGGUGGGACUGUUGUCACCAUGAACCCAAGUCUUCCUAGUCCCCGUUCUCUCCUGCAGGUAUCCUAGAGACCCAAAACCCCAGCACCCAUGUGGAUGGAGACUAUACUGUGGCCCUACCAGGAAGCUUCCUUUGAACCACUGCCUGAAACUUUCUGAGAACAUAGAGCCCGGGAGGACAGGAAGACCACUAACCACCCAGUUCUGUGGCAAGCACCGGUGGUGCUGGUUCCUAGGGGAACCAGAUACAGACUAAGCUCACACCUUCACGCCCCAGUAGGACUGUCUGUCCCCUCCAUGUGGACAUCUGGCCUUGCUGCCCAGCACCCAGCCCAUUUGCCUGGUGGGUGAGAUUCCUGACCUUGCUGCCUUGUGCUAUUUUCAGCCCAAGUAAGACCAAGAUUUUCCACUCCCAGCUUCAGACCAUUGUUCAACAGUGACAUGAGGUGACCUGCCUGUCCUCAAAAUAUCUCCUCUUUUUC